UCAUUGUCCAGCACACUCUGGCUGGCACAGGGAAACGGAACACACGUCCAUAGAACAGCCACGUGUCACCUUCGCCAUACGUGGGCCCACAUGUCGGCUUCAGAGGCUGCCCUCGAUCAGCACCGGUUAAUCACCCACCCUCUGCCCAAAUCCCCCCGCGUUUAAUCGCCACCAUGGCUGCCCCACCAACACUAAUCACCUCCCAAAUCCACCGCCCCUUCCUCUCCCUCUCCUAGGAUCCCCGGCAAGGCGACAGCCGAGAGGCGCAGGGCAGCCGACGCCGACGCCGACGCCGCCGCUGCUGCUGCCGCUGCCGCCGCCGCCGCCGCCGCCGCCGCAGCCGUAGCGGCAUUUUGUCGAGCACAUGGCGCUCGUGCCGAGCGGCGGCGCGGGCGCUUGCAAGGACGACGCCGCCCUCGGGCUGCCGUGGUCCGAGAUGUUCCGCUCAGCCUCGCUCCGCCGGCCCAAGCAGGAAGCAGACGACGCGCCACCCAAGAAGCCGGCGCUGAAGAAGGCGAGGGCCAAGGAGAUGAAGUCCAAGCCGUCGUCGGUGGGAGCUGGGGCCGGGGCUGGGUCCGACAUGGAGGGGCUGUCGCUGGAGCCCGACGCGCGCCUGGCGCUCUACAUCGCCAUGGCGCACGCGGGCCUCGCCACCGCGCUGCUCGUGCUCUACGGCCUCUACCUGCUGCUCGCCGACUUCCUCCGCCCGCUGCAGUGGGCGCUGCUCUGCUCCGUCCCGCUCCGCGAGACGCAGCGCGCGCUCGUCGCCUUCUGGGAGCCCCCGCUCCGCGGCGGCCUUAGCGCCGCACUGCUCGCGCUGCCGCUCGCCGCGCUCCGGUCCUCGACCGCCACCCUCGCCGACGUGCGCGCCGCCCUCCUGCGCCGCCCGCUCCCAGACUCGCCGGCGUUCCCGCGCCUCCUCCGCUGGCUCGUAUCCUUCUUUUUCUUCCUCGUCCUCUUCGAGCGCCUCGGCGCCGCCACCGCGCUGCUGCUCCUCGUGCUCGCGCUCGCCUUCUUCGCCGCGUCCCCCAAGCUGAAGCGCGCCGCCUCCUCACGCAUCUCCAGUCGGCCUCCCUCCUCGCGCGGCCUCCUCUUAACUGGAGGCAUCCUCCGCCACCUUAAGACACUAGUCGCCCUUGGUCUCAUGCUUGGUAUGAUCGCCGGGUUCAUAACUGGCAGCAUCUUCUUCUCCUACAAGAUUGGGCUAGAGGGCAAGGACGCCGUCAUGUCCCUCAAGUCCCAUGUCGAGAAGAGCAACUACUCUGAGAAGAUUGGCCUCAAGAAGUGGAUGGACGACAAUGACAUCCCUGGCUUGGUCGAUCAGUACUCUGGCAAGAUCUAUGACACCGUGUGGGAGCAGGUCGACCAAUUGGCUGUGCAGUACAACCUUACAGAUUUCACUAGUGGCUUCCGCCAUUUCUUGAUCAGCCAAUCAGUUGACCCAAAGAGCAAGGCGCUCAUCAGUUCCAGACCACACCCAUAUUCAAUGAAGUUGCAAUCAAUUGCGACAUGUGUGAAGAACAGAGAGUGGGUGGAGAUUUACAGGGAGCUUGAUUCGUUCUUUAGGGAGCUGUUGAUCACAAGAGAGGAUUUGGUGGUCAAGGCCAAGGGGCUGGCUUUGCAGGGAACAGAAAUCGCAAAGAGGCUGCUGUCCAGCAGCACAUUGGUGCUGGGCGGUAGUGCCAAUCUGAUGUUAUCAAUUGCUCUCCGCAUUCUCUCAGGUGCGGCUGAGGUGGUGAAUUUCCUGUCACAACUGAUGGUGUUCUUGUGGGUGCUGUAUUACCUCAUUACUGUGGAGGGAGGCGGAGCUACAGAGCAAAUCAUUGAUCUUUUGCCAGUGUCAAAACAAGUAAAGGACCGCUGUGUUGAGGUCAUCGAUCAUGCCAUUAGUAGUGUCUUGUUGGCCACUGCCAAGAUUGCCAUAUUUCAAGGGGGGCUGACAUGGCUGCUGUUCAAGUUCUUCAAAGUGCAUUUUGUGUACACAUCAACUGUGCUUGGAUUCAUCAGCGCACUUGUGCCAAUACUUCCAUUUUGGCUGUCCUCAAUAUUUGCCACAGGGGAGCUUCUCAUGGAAGGGAGAUAUGUGCUUGGACUGGUGGUAACUGUGAUACACCUCAUGCUCAUGGAUUAUGGCACAACUACCAUUCUGGAGGAUAUACCUGGGUACAAUGGGUAUCUCACAGGCCUAAGCAUAAUUGGUGGCAUGACACUGUUUCCCAAUGCUCUGGAGGGUGCAAUAUUAGGUCCCCUUAUAAUGACGGUUGUUAUAGCGUUGAAGAACUUGUACACAGAGUUUGUGCUUGCUGAUGGAGAGGAGGCCAGCAGCUAGCAUCAGAUGCGGCUAAAAUGCCUAUGUCGCCAGAGAAAUACUUGUGUAGGAUUUUUACCUGCAAUGUUCACAUGACGGUUUUGCUCUUGUACCAUGCCUGAGUAUAUGCACAGCUAUUGCAGCAGUUGUGAUACUUUCCUUCUUGUUGCAACCUGCCGUCUCUGUAACUGUAUUUAAUAUCUAUUGGAUCGUUCCAUAGAUUUGGUUUUGAUAUCUGCCGAGUACCAAAUGACCUCUCUCUCCUAUUGAACUGGAAGUUGUACAGUAUUUCCUCUUGUUUGUUGUUGGUGUAAAUAUAAAGAUGUAAGAGGACUACUAUGUAAAAGUGAGAAGGAAUGAAUAGAGAAGAGGUGUGCUGUUGGCACA